CAGCAUUCAUUCUAGUGCUACAUUAACACCAUAACGGUACAGGAGAUCCAAAAUGUUCAAGAUCAUUGCAUUGGUUGCCUGUUUGGCCGUCGUUGUAUCGGCUGAGUACUACCAGGAUGAGCAUCAUCAUCAUCAUGAAGAGUAUCAUUCUCAUCCAAAGUACAAGUUCGAGUAUGGUGUCAAAGACCCACACACUGGAGAUCACAAGAGCCAUUGGGAACACCGGGACGGAGAUGUCGUAGUGGGAACCUACACUCUGGAUGAAGCCGACGGAACCCACCGUAUUGUGUCAUACAACUCCGAUGACCACAACGGAUUCCAGGCUCAUGUGCAGCGAGUGGGACAUGCUCACCACCCACACGGUGAAAGCUAUGCCAACAUCAACCAGCACCACUAGAAGGAAUGGGCGGUCCGAGGCAGUAACGUUUUUUCCAUCAGUUAAUACUUUGUUACUAGUUGUGUAAUAGCAAAUCAUGCCAAAAUAAUAGAAUGUUCCUCGCUUGUACAAUUGAAA